AUGGGUGAAGACCCCAAUCAAACUUUAAUUGAUGAGGUGCAAGAUGAGCUUGCAAACGAAAGAGAUGUUCAAGAGGGUCAUCAAGAUCAUAGAGAAGAAAACAAUGAUAUGACUAGCGGAGAGCCAGUUAGAGAUAACAUUGUUGACAUGGAAGCAAGUUUAAAGAGGCCGAGGAAACUCAAAAGUCUAGAAACAUGCAAUUGGACAACUGCUAUGGAUGAAGUUUUGCUUGAUGCAUAUUUGCAUCAACAAACAUUGGGAAAUAAAAAUGGUAAUAGUAUGACAACAAGCGCUAUGGAUAUCAUUCUUAAAGAAUUGAAGACUCACUUUCCAGACAAACCAAUUUCCAAAGAAAAAAUAAAAGAUCACAUGAAACACAUCAAAACAAAGUUCAAUUCUUGUUGUGACCUUUUCCAGAAUGGCUUGAGUGGGUUUGGAUGGGAUUCAACAACAAAUAUGUGGAUUGCCGAAUAUGAAGUUUGGAACAAGCUAAUUGAGGCAAAACCCAAAACUGCUGAAUGGAAAAACUAG